AUGUUGAACGCGCAGACAUUGCCUUUCCUCGUGAAGGUGGAGAGGGAACUGAGGACGUAUUUGCAGAGCAAGAUUAUGCAUGGCAUAAUUCGUGUGGUGAAUCGCGGCUCCGCCGCCGCUCCCGCUGCCACCACUGCGCCCGCCGCCGCCGCCGCGAAUCCCGCCGCUGCCGCGCCCCUCUCCCCGCGUACGGCCACAUACGCGCGGGGGAACCGGGUGCUUCAAUUAACAAUGACAAACAUCGUAGCGGCUGGACAGCUCAUCCUGUGA